UCUGAAAACCAACCUGAGUCACAGUGGCAUCUAUCACUGCUCAAGCAUGGGAAGGCAUCGCUACACAUCAGCAGGAGUAUCUAUCACUUUAUAAAAGAGCUAUUUCCAGCCCCAGUGCUGACAGCAUCCUUGUCAUUCCCCCUCCUAGAGGGGAAUCUGGUCAACCUGAGCUGUGAAACAAAGUUGCUCCCACAAAAGCCUGGUUUGCAGCUUUACUUCUCCUUCUACGUGGGAAGCAAGACGCUGAUGAGCAGGAACAUAUCCUCUGAAUACCAGAUACUACCUGCUAAAAAAGCAGACUCUGGAUUAUACUGGUGUGAGGCUACCACAGAAGAUGGAAAUGUCAUCAAGCACUGCCCUGAGUUGCAGCUUCAAGUAUUUGGAAAAGUACAGAGGAGACCUUCAAGAUGGCAGAGGAGUAAGACAUGGAGAUCACCUUCCUCCCCACAAAUACAUCAAAAAUACAUCUACAUGUGGAACAACUCCUACAGGACACCUACUGAAUGCUGGCAGAAGACCUCAGACUUCCCAAAAGGCAAGAAAAUCACCAUGUACCUGGGUAGGGCAAAAGAAAAAAAGAGACAAAAGAACAGGGAUGGGGCGGAGCUUUGGAGCCAUGGAGGAGAGCGCAGCAACAGGGGUGUAGAGGGAAAAGCAGAGAGAUUCCUGCAGGGAGGAUCGGUGCCGACCAGCACUCACCAGCCUGAGAGGCUUGUCUCCUCACCCGCCGGGGCGGGCAGGGUCUGGGAGCUGAGGCUCGGGCUUCGGAGGUCAGAUCCCAGAGACAGGACUGGGGUUGGCUGUGUGAACACAGCCUGAAGGGGGCUAGUGCACCACAGCUAGCUGGGAGGGAGCCUGGGAAAAAGUCUGGAACUGCCUAAGAGGCCAAGAGACCAUUAUUUUAGGGUGCCCGAGGAGACGGGAUUCCUUCCCUGUGUGCCCAGAGAAGGCAGAGCACCACCUAAAUGAGCUCCAGAGAUGGAUGCGAUCCACGGCUAUCAGCUCAGACCCCAGAGACGUGCAUGAAACGCCAACGCUGCUGCUGCAGCCACCAAGAAUCCUGUGUGCAAGCACAGGUCACUAUCCACACCCCCCCGGGAGCCUAUGCAGUCCACCACUGCCAGGGUCCCGUGAUCCAGGAACAACUUCCCUGGGAGAACACACGGCAUGCCUCAGGCCGUUGCAAUGUCAAGCCAGCCCCGCGUUGCAAAUAUAACUACUGUACCCCUCCCUCCCCCAGGCCUGAGUGAGCCAGAGCACCCUAAUCAACCACUGCUUUAACCCUGUCCUAUCUGGGUGAGAACAGAUGCCUGAGGGUAAUCUACAUGCAGAGGCGGGGCCAAAACCAAAUCUGAACACCAGGAGCUGUGAGAACAAAGAAGAGAAAGGGAAAUUUCUCCCAGCAGCCUCAGGAGCAGCAGAUUAAAUCUCCACAAUCAACUUGAUGUACCUGCAUCUGUAGAACACCUGAAUAGACAACGAAUCAUCCCAAAUUGAGGAGGUGGACUUUGGGAGCAACUGUCGACUUGGGGUUUGCUAUCUGCGACUGAUUUGUUUCUGAUUUUUAUGUUUAUCUUAGUAUAGUUUUUAGUGCUUGUUGUCAUUGGUGGAUUUGUUUAUUGGUUUGGUUGCUCUCUUUUAAAAAAUUUUUUUAACAGUUUUUAAAAAUUUAUUAUUAUUUAAAAAAUUCUUUUUCUUUCAUUUUUUUCUCCCUUUUCUUCUGAGCCAUGUGGCUGACAGGGUCUUGGUGCUCUGGCCUGGUGUCACGCCUCAGCCUCUGAGGUGGAAGAGCCGAGUUCAGGACAUUGGACCACCAGAGACCUCCCAGCCCCACAUAAUAUCAAUAGGCAAGACCUCGCCCAGAGAUCUCCGUCUCAACGCUAAGACCCAGCUCCACUCAAAGAUCAGCAAGCUACAGUGCUGGACACCCUAUGCCAAACAACUAGCAGGACAGGAAUACAACCCCACCCAUUAGCAGAGAGGCUGCCUAAAAUCAUACUAAGUUCACAGACGCCCCAAAACACACCACCAGACGCGGCCCUACCCACCAGAAAGAAAAGAUCCAGCCCCUACCCACCAGAACACAGGCAUCAGUCCCCUCCACCAGGAAGCAUACACAAGCCACUGAACCAGCCUCACCCACUGGGGGCAGACACCAAGAACAACGGGAACUACAAACCAGCAGCCUGUGAAAAGGAGACCCCAAACAGAGUAAGUUAAACAAAAUGAGAAGACAGAGAAAUAUGCAGCAGAUGAAGAAGCAAAGUAAAAACCUACCAGAACAAACAAAUGAAGAGGAAAUAGGCAGUCUACCUGAAAAGGAACUCAGAGUAAUGAUAGUAAAGAUGAUCCAAAAUCUUGGAAAUAGAAUGGAGAAAAUACAAGAAACGUUUAACAAGGACCUAGAAGAACUAAAGAGCAAACAAACAAUGAUGAACAACA